CCCGUUGCAGAGUGCGGGAUACAGCCCAAGACCCACGCGCCGAGAUGAAGCUCAGCAUGUGACCAGGAUCUGGAGACGUCGAGGGAGGUGCAGCCAAUAGGGCUAUGCGCCUCGCGCCACAUCUUUCCAGCACGAUGACUUGAUGUGUUUGCGCAUUGUUCCUGUAUUGUUCCUGUAUUGUUCUCGCAUUGUUACCGCAUUGUUCCUGUAUUGUUCCUGUAUUGUUCCUGUAUUGUUCUCGCAUUGUUACCGCAUUGUUCUCGCAUUGUUCUCUGCAGCUAUAUUUCUGCUUCCGCGCCGCUGCAUUGAAGACGAGAAGCAUCUUGGUCCCUCGGAAGCAUUUCGCCAGAAGUAUUAUCGUGAAGGCGUCAGAGUUCCGAAGCAGGCAAAUCGUGUUCCGAGGAGGAUCGAAGGGACCUCGCGUGCCUAGGUGUUGAGAUUGGGCCAAGCCCCGUCAACCGGGCUGC